AUUAAUUACACAAUUUACAGUAGUGCUUUCUUCUACAAUGUCUGAAGAAGUGACCUAUGCAACACUUUCAUUUCAGGAUUCUAUUGGAGCAGGAAAUAACCAGAAUAGAAAUAACCUAAGGAAAAAAGGUCUAUCCCACACAUGGCGUUGGGCAGCCCUGAGUCUGCUGACCCUUUGUCUGUUGCUGCUGGUUGGGCUUGUGACCUUGGGGAUUAUGUUUUUGCAGACCUCUAAUGAAAUUAACUCAGAUUCAGAGAAUUUGAGUCAACUUCAAAAAACCGUCCACCACCAGCAAGAUAACUUAUCCCAGCAGCUGAGCAACUAUAGGAACUUUCCCACGGAGGAGGAGGAACUUCUCAAAUCACAGAUCUCCAAUCUAUUGAAGAAGCAGGGACAAAUGGCCAUCAAACUCUGUCAAGAGCUAGUCAUUCACACCUCAGACCACAAAUGCAAUCCUUGUCCUAAGAUGUGGCAAUGGCACCAAAACAGCUGCUAUUAUUUUGCAACAAAUGAAGAGAAAACUUGGAGUAAGAGUAGAAAAAACUGCAAGGACAAGAACUCCACCUUGGUGAAGAUAGACAGCUUAGAAGAAAAGCAUUUUCUGAAGUCACAACCAUUACCCAAGUUUUCUUUCUUCUGGUUGGGAUUAUCAUGGGAUCCAUCUGGCAGAAGUUGGCUGUGGGAAGAUGGUUCUAGCCCCUCUCCAUCCUUAUUUAAUACUAGAGAAUAUGCCCAGAUCAAUGGAUCCCAAGGAUGUGCCUAUUUUCAAGAAGGAAAUACUUACACUUCCCGCUGCAGUGCUGAGAUUUCUUGGAUUUGUGAGAAGACAGCUGCGUUAGUGAAGAUUGAAGACUUAGAUUAAUAGGCUUCUUCCAAAUUCACCAAAAAGUGAGGGACUUGUGGUUAAGUUCAUGUGAGGAAGGAGACAGCUACCCAACCAGAACCAAAAACAUAUUAAAACGUGACUGUGUAUUGAAUCUAUCA